AUGGCGUCCACCACAAGGGGAACUCUCUGGAUCCUCUCUUCGAUCUUCUCCUCUCUUCUCCGCAAGGACUUCCCUCUCUUCCUCAAGCUUCAACUUCUCGUCUUCCUCGACGAAUUCUCCCUCUCCUUCUUCACCUCCCAUCACCAUCUCCUUCGUCUCAUAGACGCGCUAAAAGCCGUCGUCCACGCGCCGCUCGACGUUGUCGCGUCCACCUUCAAAGACCAGUUCAUGGUCUCCGCCACCUCGAUUCUUAUCUGCGCAUCGGAAAAAAACGUCAUCGACCCUCAAACGGAGAAUAACCUUGUCGAGCUGCUGCUGACGGUUAUAAACCGGCCGAAUUUCGGUUCAAACCGGCACACGCGCGGCGUCGCGUGCGAAUGCCUAAGGGAAUUGGAGCGGUGGAAACUGGGUUGCUCUCGGAUGUGGUUGUACACUUGUGGAUGUUUCGAUUCUCAACACAUCGGUUCCGAUGGUCCCUUUCGACGCGCCGAACUGCGUGACGGAUUCGGGUUCGGGUUCAGGUUCGGAUUUGAAUAUGAAGGAGUUGAGGAGGGCAUUGGCGUUUUUGCCGGAGUGGCCGCAAGUGAUGACUCCUUGCGGGAUGAUGGAGUUAUGUGUAUGAUAAAUCCCGUGGCUGUGGCUUUGGAAUUGCAACCUUCCAUGCUGAAGGUGCAGUUGUUUGGGAUGAUUCAUUCGUUUGACCCUGUUCUGUGUCAUAUUGUUUUGGGCAUGUAUUUGCGUUUCUUGGAAGCUUUUGAUGGUCAAGAGGGAGAGAAGACGAAGCCCACCAUUGAAUUGUGCUCCACUUUUUACCCCGCUCUGUUUGAUCCUCUGGCUUUGAAAGCCUUGAACCUUGACCUUCUUGCGUUUUCCUCGGUUUGUGCUCAUAUUUUGAGGCUGAAAAGUGGUUCCGAUGAGUUGAUUGAUUCAGUGAAGCUGUUUGAAAAUGGUCUUGUUUGUGUCUCUUCUUUCAAAUGGUUGCCUCCCAUGAGAACAGAGACUGCUGUUGCAUUCCGCACCUUCCAUAAGUUUCUGAUUGCUUCUUCUUCUCAUUCUGACAAUGAUCCUUCCACCACAAGAAAUCUGUUGGACUCUGCCAUUUUUCACACUUUACAGGUGCUAAGAGUGAAAGUAGAAGACUUGGUUCCUGUUGUUGUAGCUUUUGUUGACCGGUUACUCUCCUGCCAAAAGCAUUCUUGGUUGGAAAUUACUGAAAAUCAGACAAUACCUCCUCGUGGGUUGUUAGAGUUCCUCACGACCUUCAUGAUUUUCCUUGUGGAGAAACAUGGCCCAGAUACAGGGAUGAAAUCUUGGUCCCAGGGAAGUAGAGCUCUUGGAAUUUGCCGAACUAUGUUGAUGCGCCACCAUAGCUCUAGAUUGUUCCUUAGAUUAUCUCGUCUGCUUGCAUUUAUAUGUCUAUAUUUUCUUGAUCUGGAGGUUCGUGAUAAUUCAAGGAUCUACUUGCGUAUGCUAGUCUGCAUUCCAGGGAAGAAGCCUAGAGACAUCCUGAGUCUCGGAGACAUGAUCCUUGGAAUUUCUCCAUCUUCACAUUCAACCUCAUUUUUCAACGUUCAGUCACCUCGACCUUCUCAGAAAUUUAAGUUGUCAAAUUUAGUUGUAAGUAACACCAAACCAGCUUAUCUUGAGAGCAUCAGAGAACUCAAAGCCCCUGUUGAGGAAAAAGACUUUUCUGACAGUUCCAAUACGGAGAUCCUUCCUGAAACUGGAAGGAUAAAUCAAUCAACCACAAGAGCCACUACUACUUUCAAUCGCAUGUGGGGAUUAGAUAAAACUGUCACAUCCUUGGAAGAGAUAGAUGCACUUCCUGCUAUAUAUGCUACCGUGUUAAAAUUCUCGUCAUCUGCACCGUAUGGAUCGAUUCCAUCCUAUUGUAUACCUUUUCUUCUUGGUGAACCUUACAAUCAAGAUCCUGCAUCUCAAAAUGUCUCCCUGAGAAUUGUUCCUGUUGGUAUAGUUGAUGUUCACAUUGAAACAAAUGCAGAAAAUGGUCAAAUAAUCCAAGGUCAACUUCAAGGAAUCACAGUAGGCAUAGAAGACAUGUUUCUCAAGGCUAUUGUCCCAUCAGACAUUCCAGAAGAUGAAACACCUCGAUACAACUUUGACCUGUUCAAUACUUUAUGGGAGGCAUGUGGCUCAUCUUCCAGCACUGGCCGGGAGACCUUUCAAUUGAAAGGGGGUAAAGGUAUUCCUGCCAUCAGUGGAACUCAAUCUGUCAAUCUUCUUGAUGUCCCUGCAACCUCUUUGAUCCAGGCAACUGAGCGCCAUUUAUUGAUGCCGUAUGGCAAGGGGGAAUCAUUCAAAACGUCAUUUUGGAUUCUCCCACUUACUACUUCUGUCACUCCGUCUUACUUACAAUGA